AUGGAAAACCUAAUUAGGAGUGUGAUUCAAUCCACUCAAACAAUUCAAGUUCCUGUUGAACCUGAUAUUCAAGAUGCAACAAUGGAGGACGUUCUCUACAAUUGCAUCGAAAACAAUGCUUUGGCACAGGAACGUGAAGAAGAGGAGGCAAUGGAAGCUGAAGAACAAGAUAUUAUUUCUGAUUCUGAAGUAAUUGCAAUAACAGAACCGGAUCAAGAUAUUGUUGGAACACAGAUGGGAUACACUGCCGAAACAGUGGAGGAACUGCUAGGUUUCUACCAAAAACAUGCUAGUGCGGUUGGAUUUUCCAUAAGGAAAGGAAACACGAGAUUCAAAGUUGGGACAAGAAUCGUGCUUGAAAAGACAUAUGUUUGUUCAGCAGCAGGAGUAACAAACAAUGGAAAGAACAAAAAGACAAAAGUGCAAACAGUUGUUCCUGUAGUGCCCAAAAAAGAGAGAAAACCAAGGCAAGUUUCGAUCACGAGAACUCAAUGUAGGGCUUGCUUGAGAGUGAAAAUGAAUUCUGAAGGCAGAUAUGAGGUUGUUAAUCAUGUGAUAAUGCACAACCAUGAUUUAACUAGAAGUCAAUGGCACUACUUGCAUAGAUUUGAAAGGCAAAUAACGGAAGAGAAGAGGGAGGCAAUUGAAACUAUGCAAAAAUCUGGUCUAUCAUCCAUGGCUUCCUUUAACUAUAUGGCAAUUGAAGCUGGAGGUGAAGAAAAUUUAGGACACUCGAAGAAAGACCAUCUAAAUUACUGCACGAGGUUAAAAAUGAAGCAAAUAGAAGGAGGUGACGCACAAGCAGUAACUGACAUAAUGUGUUUAGAGCUUGAAGGUGACCCAAACUUCUUUUUUAGAUUUAGAUUGGAUGAAAAAGGCAAAUUAAGGAGUUUGUUUUGGAGGGACUCUAUGAUGAUGGAAGACUAUGGAAUUUUUGGAGAUAUAGUGGUUUUUGACACAACCUAUAGAACAAACAGGUAUAACCUAAUUUGUGCUCCAAUAGUAGGAAUAAACAACCACUGGAACAAUUGCAUGUUUGGUUGUGCAUUCAUAGGAGAUGAAAAGAUUGAGUCGUUUGUGUGGCUUCUACAAACUUUCAAAAAGUCAAUGGGAGGAAAAAGUCCAAUAUCAAUCUUUACAGAUCAAUAUGCAGCAAUGAACAAUGUCAUCAAUCAGGUUUUUCCAGAUUCAAGACACAGAUUAUGUGUAUGGCAUUUGCAUCAGAAUGCUAUUACCAGAUUUGGGGCAUUGAAACGAGAUCCAACUUUUAAGAAGACAUUCAACUAUUGCUUAUAUAAGUGUGUCACAGUAGUUGAAUUUGAAACCAAUUGGAGAUCAAUGCUGCAACAAUAUGAGCUGAUAGGGGAAGAGUGGUUUACAAAUGUAUACGAUUUGAGAGAAAAAUGGUGCCCUGCGCUAAGCAAAGACUUCUUUUCAGCUGGGAUUUUGUCUUCACAACGAAGUGAAAGCACUAAUCACGCCAUCGGAUUUAGAGCAAACAGAACAACAAUUUUAACUGAUUUCUAUAGAUUGUUCAAAGAAAAUACUGAGUUCUAUGUUGUGUCCAUUGAUGAAGAACCUUGGUCUGCACAGAGAGUAACAUACAUCCACGAGAGCCAGACAGUAUCAUGUACGUGUAAAAACUUUGAAGCUUCGGGAUGGUUGUGCUACCACUGCAUUAGGAUAUUGCACCUUCAUUCGGUUAAUAGGAUUCCAGAACAGUACAUCAAAAAGAGGUGGACAAAAUCUGCCAAGUCAUCGGUUUGGAACAAAUUAGAAAAUGAAAAACCAGAAGAGGUGCAGCACACACCUUGGCGCCAAACCAUGGCUAGGAAAUACUACAACCUUAUCUUGAAAAGCCAGUCAAAUGAGGAGACAAGAACCCUUAUGGAGGAUGGUUAUGCCGCUAGUGUGUCUCUGGUUGAUGAACUUCUAGCAUCAUUAAAUGUUUCAAACACUGAAGACGCUUCAACCACAGAAACAAGUGCAACAGCAGCACCUGAAACAAGUGCAACAGUAGCACCUGAAACAAGUGCAACAGCAGCAUAUGAAACAAACUCAGCACCAGCAGGUACUCAUGCAACAACAACAAGUGAUACAAGUGUACAACAAGCAACAAGUUCUGAACCUGCAACAAACACAGCAACUGAACCUCCUAUGGUGUUGGAUCUUGAACGUUGCACAACAAAAGGAAGGAACAAAAGACCACGAGGACCGCUUGUCAAAAAGAAGAAGGGAAAAACUGCAGCGCCUCCAACAGCAGACUUUGGAACAAUAACUCCAAAUUUGAGAUUAUUUUGA